AUGAAUUAUAAUAUAACACUAAAAAUACCUCUUAUUUUAAAAAUGUAGAGAUUUAAAGAUCUAAAAAAAUGCAAUAAGUUCGUUAAGGUUUUAUAAUUAAUUCAAUAUCAUUUGCAGCACUUUGUUAUUCUCAAAAGGAUCUUUAUUUAUGGAAGAAAUACCCAAUAUCGUUUAAUAUCAGUCAUUUCAAAAGUUAUCGAUUUAGAAUAUCCACAAAACUUACUUAUAUAUUUUUCGGCUUCUGAAAUGUUAUCAAUUUCAAAUCACUUGCAGUUUUUCAAUUUAGGCAAUGCUAUUGAUGAUAUUUACCAUAGGAACUUAAUUUUUAAUAAGAAUUAUAGCUAUUUAACUUUUUUUACGAUUAUUGAACAAUAGAAGAAGCAAAUCUCUUUUCUAAUAUUACUACUCCUUAAAUAUUCUAAGCCUUUUUAUUUGUACUAAUAAUGUACUCUGGCUUAAUUUUUUGAUAUCAUUCUUUAGAAAUUAAUUUAAAACCAAUAUUUAUUUCUAAACAAUAUACAAAAGUAACACUAAUAUUCUUUAGAUAAAAUUGCAAAACAAUUCAAUUUUUGA